UUGGUAUCUAGCAAACCCUCGUGCCGUUAGCUUGGCAAAGUCCAAACAGUUCCAUCAGGAAGGAUCUGUAUUUUCAAAACUUUCAGAACUUCAUCUGUUCCUUUUGUGCAUGAGAUCGAUGACAGUAUCACAAAUCCUCUUUAGAACCAGCAUGGAGGCUGGCAUUUUGGACUGUUGACGAGGGCAUGGGACUCGUUUUAUUAUUAAUCAUUUCCAAGCAGCAUCAGAUAGGAAGCAUCAAUAAACGAAAGUCAACCUACAGAAAGAGUGUGCGGAAGGUCACUGCAUCUUGGUAAUUCAGUACUGUGAAAAUGUCUGAGAAAGGCAUUCUGAGACAAGAGGAUUCAGAAGAUACUGGAAAUGAGCAAAACACUGAGAUUACUCCAUCCUGCCAGGUAACAUGCAUCAUUAACACUGAAAGCUUGGAAGUGGAGGAAAAAGAGAAGGGGAAAGAAGAUAAAUCAAAUGAGACAAAGGCAGAUCACCAGAAACGAAUGGGGCAGCAAAAGAAAAGAGCAAAGUCAGGGGCCAAAGGUAAACUUGUGAGAAGUCUAGCAGUUUGUGAAGAGUCCAGUCUGCCUCUACCAUCAACAGAAGCCACAACAGAGAAUCAGGAUUCCGUUCAUCUACAGCUCAGCCGCACAUCAAGCUUUCAAGAUGAGGACAAAAUUAAUAAAGAAGAAUUUGAAAAGGAUAAAAACAAAGAUAAAACCAGUGAAAAGCCUAAAAUCAAAAUGCUGUCUAAAGAUUGCAGUCAAGAGUAUACAGACUCCACGGGGAUAGAUUUGCAUGAAUUUCUCAUUAACACAUUAAAGAACAAUCCAAGGGACAGAGUGAUGCUUUUAAAAAUGGAACAGGAACUAAUAGAUUUUAUCAGUGAUAACAAUAAUCACUAUCAGAAAUUCCCUCCAAUGUCAUCAUAUCAUCGGAUGUUAGUGCACAGAGUAUCCGCGUAUUUUGGAAUGGAUCACAAUGUUGAUCAGACUGGAAAAUGUGUUAUAAUCAACAAAACAAGCAAUACUAGAAUACCAGAGCAAAGGUUCUCUGAGCACAUCAAAGAUGAGAAGACAGAUGACUCCCAGAAAAGGUUCAUUUUAAAGCGAGACAAUUCCAGUAUGGAUAAAGAUGACAAUCAGCAAAAUAGGAUUCAUCCAUUUAGAGAUGAUAGAAGAAGUAAAUCAAUUGAGGAGAGAGAAGAGGAGUAUCAUCGAGUAAGAGAGAGAAUUUUUGCACAAGAUUUGACCUGUUCCCAGGACAGUCUAUACGUGGAAAAUGGCCGAAUUCUGGAUGAUAUCAGCGCAUUCAACGACACGCAGAAGAAGAGGCAACUGUUCAGAGACGGAACAGGGAAAACGUCCAGCAGUCGGCAGAGUAGCACUGAGGCUGACGCAAAGUGGACUGACCAGCGACCCUGGAGUAGUACAGACUCUGACAGCUCCAACCGAAACCUGAAGCCUCCCGUAACAAAGACAGCAAGUAUUGGCGGCAUAACGGUGCUGACUCGUGGUGACAGCACAAGCAGUAACAGGAGUGUGGGCAAACUCUCUAAAACAGGUUCGGAGUCUUCCAGUAGUGCUGGCUCGUCAGGUUCUCUGUCGAGGAGCCAUCAGCCAUUGCACAGUGCAAAUGUUAUCCCGGUGUCAGUCAGCUCCACCGGGUCCAUCUCCUACCCAGAUGGUGGAAUGGGUGGACAGGUGGCAUCCCCCAACACAAGCUACAUCCUCCUUCCUCUGGAAGCCACUGGAAUACCACCUGGCAGCCUGCUGUUAAACCCACACACAGGCCAACCCUUUGUGAAUCCUGACGGGACGCCGGCUAUUUACAACCCUCCCACUCUCCCACAGUCAGUUCGAGGCCAGCUUCCUGGGCAGGCUCAGCAACAGCCCAAUCCACAGACCCAGCCUCAGCAGCAGCAGAUACCCAGUCACCUAGUUCCACAGCCUGUGCAAACAAUGCAGUCUUCUUCUCAGACGGGACAGUAUCCAGCCGCUUCUUAUCCUUCCCAACACCUACUGCCUGUUUCGCCCACGCAGCAGUUUCCUGUGCGAGAAGAUUUGGCCUCCCAGUUUAACCAGAUGAGUUUAAGCAGGCAGUCGUCGGGAGAUACCGCUGAGCCGCCAUCUGGUUCUGUCUACCCGCCACCCAUUUUGCCUCAGGCACCCCAGCAAGCUAACUACGUCAUGGCGUCACCAAGUCAGCUGACCCCAGGUAGUUUUACUGGAUCUGGACAGCCCAUGUCCCAGCAAGUGCUGCAGCCGCCACAAGGAUUUAUACAGCAACCGUCUGCCCAGAUGCCGGUGUAUUACUGCCCUUCUGGCCAGUACACUACCUCAGCAACCCAACAGUUCAGGCCUGUCGCUACGGUUCAAUACAACGCAGCGCGAAGCCAGCAGAUGCCACAGACCACACAACCAUCAGGUUUCCAGCCGGUCUUGCCGAACCAACAGCAAAGUUUCCAGGGGCUGGUGGGAGUGCAACAGCCUGCCCAGAGCCAGAACCUGCUGAAUGGCCAGCAGGGAGGGCAGGUGUCGGGGGUGAUGGUCCAGUACCCAGCCAUGUCUUCUUACCAAGUGCCGAUGACUCAGAGUUCUCAAGGGAUGUCUCAACAAUCAUACCCACAGACAAUCGUACUGUCCAAUCAAUCAGGUCAAGGAACACUUCCAGCUACUGGAAUGUCUGUCUACUGCAAUGUAAUACCUCCUUCUCCUCAAAACAACCUGAGGUUGGUCACACCCCACUGCCCUGCCAGUAACGUACCAGUACUCCCUGCUAACUGCAGGGCAAACUGCACAAACAUCAGCAGCACCGGAUGGCAGGUUAAAUACUGAAAUGGUGUGGUAGGUUAUCCAAAAAAAAGCAUUUAUGGACAUGGUAACUUGAAAAAAAAGAAUAUUUGGAACAUCAUUUGAGGAACUAGAAUUUAAAUUCUCAGUAAAUCACUGCUGGUACUGUUUAAAAAGUAAAGUUAUAUUUAAAAAAAUGUUGGUUACUGGUGCAGCUUAGUCAUGUCCUAGCUAGGUAUGCCUUUGUAGCGUAGCAAAAUGACAUGGAAUAUCUGGCAUAAGAUGUCUCCUACCAGUGGGUGCCACUGUGUAGAUUGUAAUAUCCCAAUACUGAUUAGUUUUGUACUUUGUGUUGAGUUUGUGAAGCUGAAAAGUAUUAAAUUAAUUAUAUUAAAAUAUACAUUGUACCAAAGCUGAAAGAGAAGGAAUUGCUGAACGGAAGGGAUAAUUUAUAGAUAUUAUAGAGUUUUUUAAAUGGAUAUAUACUGUAUUGUAGUGCUUAUUCACAAUAAAACUAUUUGACCUCAUGGAUAAAGGUCACAUUUCUACCAUGUGAUUGGUCUUCUCUCUUGACAGUUCAAUUAGUUAAGUGACAGUUCUUAAGUGUUUUUGACAGGAGUUCAAAUGUUGUUCAGAAGCCAGCUGCUAAUUCAUUUUUUUGCACUGAAGUUGCAGCCAUUAAUGAAGUAAGACUCUAUGUUUAUUUGCAUAUUUAUUAUUGUACAGUAAAAUACAUGUUUC